ACGACCCCUCAAUACAACACUGCAGUCAAUGCAUUGCAUGUCAACAAUGAGUUCAUAAGAUAUUUACCACCACUUCAGCCAUGAUUUCACGGAUCAGUUGAUCACUACAGACACCAACAAUGUCACAAAUGGGAAAAAUGAAAGCCUUUUCUCUGACCACUUCCUCGUCAGUGAAGAAAGUGUUGGGAAAGAAAGAUAUCGAGAAACAGAAGAAGAUCGCCGAAGAAGAGGCGGCCGCUAAGGCCUACCAGGAGUUCGUCGAAGACUUCUCGGACGCACCCAAACAGACAAAGCUCUUCGUCAGAGGGAAUGUCAUUAACGCCGCCUCUGGAGAGGAACUGUCGUCCCAUUCCUCCGGAAAACUCUAUAAACCGAAUAAAUUGCAUGAAUUGGAGGCCAAGAAGUCGAUGGAGUCGUCGUCGAAGAGCUCCUCCGCAUCGGAACCGCUGUUUCGCAGCGAAAAGCCGGCGAAGAAGAGGUCGGAGACGAAGAAAAAGAGUAAUUUAGAGCUCUUUAAAGAAGAGCUGAAACUGAUUCAAGAGGAACGGGAGGAAAGGCAUCGCCUCAAGACUCAGAUGAAGGAGACGGGUGUGAAAGUGCCGGUCAGUAGCAGUAGUAGUGCUAAACAGGCCGUCGAAGUGGACGCCGGCAUCAAACUCGCUGACGAGUACCGGAUCCCGGCGCUGGGGUCGUUCGACACGGGCGACCCAAACACGACAAACAUAUACUUAGGUAAUCUGAACCCUAAGAUGACUGAACCGCAGUUGUGUCAGAUAUUCGGCAAAUACGGACCGUUAGCCUCAGUGAAGAUAAUGUGGCCGCGAAGUGAUGAGGAGAGGUCGAGGAACAGGAACUGCGGUUUCGUGGCCUACAUGAACCGCAAGGACGGGGAACGGGCUCUCAAAGCACUCAACGGCAAAGACAUCAUGGAAUACGAGAUGAAACUGGGUUGGGGUAAGGCUGUGCCCAUACCCCCGCACCCCAUAUACAUACCGCCGGCGCUCAUGGAGCUAACAAUGCCUCCGCCGCAAAGUGGACUGCCGUUCAACGCACAGCCCGACGCCAACGAUCCCUUGUGUCAGAUAUUCGGCAAAUACGGACCGUUAGCCUCAGUCAAGAUAAUGUGGCCGCGAAGUGAUGAGGAGAGGUCGAGGAACAGGAACUGUGGUUUCGUGGCCUACAUGAACCGCAAGGACGGGGAACGGGCUCUCAAAGCACUCAACGGCAAAGACAUCAUGGAGUACGAGAUGAAACUGGGUUGGGGUAAGGCUGUGCCCAUACCCCCGCACCCCAUAUACAUACCGCCGGCGCUCAUGGAGCUAACAAUGCCUCCGCCGCAAAGAGAACUUCUCAUAUACAUACCGCCGGCGCUCAUGGAGCUAACAAUGCCUCCGCCGCAAAGUGGACUCCCGUUCAACGCACAGCCCGACGCCAACGAUCCCGUUCCCCGCGACCAGUGGAACGAUAAGGAGAACUUCGAGCGAGUGCUCCAGUCGGCGGUCGUCAAGGUGGUCGUGCCCACCGAUCGUACACUCCUGUGUCUUAUACAUCGAAUGGUGGAGUUUGUGGUCAGGGAGGGCCCCAUGUUUGAGGCCAUGAUUAUGAACCGGGAGAUCAAUAACCCGACGUUCCGUUUCCUGUUCGACAACCAGAGUCCGGCGCACGUCUACUACCGGUGGCGACUGUUUUCCGUACUUCAGGGCGAACACCCGUCCAAAUGGCGUACAGAGGAGUUCCGUAUGUUUGAAGGCGGCUCCAUAUGGCGACCGCCGCCUCUGAACCCAUUCCUACGGGGAAUGCCCGAAGAGUUGGUGGAGGCGUCGCCGCCCCCGUCGCCCGAGAGGGCCGACCGCCAGAAGCGUAAACCCGAGCGCCGCGAGACUCGGGAGUCCAAGAAAGGGAUGUUAAGUGAGACCCAAAGGGACCGAUUGGAGGAUAUGCUGAGGAAUCUGACGCCACAGCGAAGUAAGAUCUUGGAGGCGAUGGUCUACUCUAUCGAUCACUCGGAGAGCGCCGAAGAGAUCGUCGACUGUAUCGCCGAGUCGUUGGCUAUUCUCGAGACACCGCUCUAUAAGAAGAUCGCAAGACUUUACUUGAUUUCAGACAUUCUGCACAACUGUUCCGUCAAAGUGACGAACGUUAGCUUCUUUAGGAAAGGCUUUCAGUCCAGACUUGUGGACAUCUUUCACGACAUACACCACACCUAUAAUGACAUCGAGGGUCGGCUCAAAGCCGAACAGUUUAAACAACGGGUGAUGUUGUGCUUCAGGGCGUGGGAGGAACAGGCGAUCUAUUCGCCCGACUUUCUCAUUAAACUGCAGAAUAUAUUCCUGGGUUUAGUGCAGAGGGAGUCGGAAGUGGAGCGUAAGAGCGAGACCGAGGAUGACGUCGAUGGUGUGCCUAUAGGUGAGGGAGAUAUUGAUGGCGUGCCUCUCGAUCUCGAUGGCGAGCCGAUGCCGAGUGUGGACAGCGGGUCGUUGCCUAAGUUCAAGCCGUCGAAGUGGGAGACAGUGGACCCGGACUUAGUGGAGGCGCAGGCGAUGACUACGUCUAAGUGGGAGACUCUGGAACAGACCGCUGAUGAUGAGGACAUCGAUGGCAAACCUUUCGACCCGUCGCCCAAUAGUUGCGAAGACAGUCGCGGAUCCAUGUUUUUGGACGCUUUAAAGCAGGAGCUCUCGAGCAGCCAUUCCUCAAAGCGGGCGAAGUUAAGGGAAAUUGAGGUCAAAGUACUCCGAUAUCAGGACGAACUCGAGUCCGGCAAACGGAGCCGUAAGUCCGGCCAUACUGUCCCCCAAAUGGUUGAGGAGUACAGACGGAAACUCUUGAAGAGAGCUGACGAUAGUAACGAUGACUUCGAGGCUGACCGCAGAAGUGGUGGUCACUCGCCUAAGAGUAAGAGGCGGAGUAGAUCUCGAAGCAGAUCCCGUUCCCCUCGAAGGGGUAGUCGAGAUCAUAGCCAUGAUAGCGGUCACAGUCAUCAUAGGCAUAGAUCCCGGAGCCCUUCUCGUAAGAAGAGGUCUCCCUCACCGCAUAAGCGCCGGAAAUAAGAGG